AUGUCUCAACAGCGUGACCAAAAGCCCGCGCCAGCUCCGGCGCCCUCUACAGCCAUCCAGCAGAGCGAUAAUAUCGCACACGCGCUGGCCGGCGCUGGAGGUGGAAUUCUCUCAAUGGUUUUGACAUAUCCAUUAAUCACCCUCUCGACACGAGCCCAAGUCGAGUCCAAGCGAGCACACUCCACAGCCCUGGAUGCCGUCCGCCGCAUCGUCCAGCGCGAAGGCAUCGCUGGCCUCUACUCGGGUCUAGAGUCCGCACUCUUCGGAAUAAGCGUCACAAACUUCGUCUACUACUACUGGUACGAAUGGACGCGCUCCACCUUCGAAAAAGCAGCUAUCACAGCCGGCCGCGCGAAAAAGCUCACAACAAUCGAGUCCAUGAUUGCCGGCGCCAUCGCCGGUAGCGCGACGGUCCUAAUCACCAACCCUAUCUGGGUCAUCAAUACCCGCAUGACGGCGCGCAAGUCGGAGCCUGAGGAACAGGGUCUUCCUGGUGCGCCGAAGAAGGCUAAGGCCUCGACUUUCAAUACCUUGAUGCAGCUCCUUCGUGAGGAAGGGCCUAAGGCGCUGUUCGCGGGUGUACUGCCUGCCUUGGUCCUUGUCAUCAAUCCGAUUCUUCAGUAUACUAUUUUCGAACAGUUGAAGAAUAUGGUUGAGCGGCGACGACGAAUGACGCCCAAGGAUGCGUUUUAUCUGGGUGCGCUGGGUAAGAUCCUGGCUACUAGUAUCACGUACCCUUACAUUACUAUUAAGAGUCGUGCGCAUGUGGCUAGUAAGGAUGGGCCUAAGGAGAGCUUGAAUGGCAGUCUGAAGCGGAUUAUUAAUGAGGAGGGGUGGAAAGGUCUUUACAAGGGAAUUGGCCCCAAGGUUACCCAGAGUGCUAUUACUGCCGCAUUCCUCUUCGCCUUCAAGGAUGUUCUCUAUGAUACAAUGAUCUCGAUGCGCAAGCGUAGGGCUAUUGGUAAGUAA